AUUUCUCGUGCAAGACAGGUAGAUGGCUGCGCACACAGCCCUUUGGGCGGAGAACCUAAGAGUGAACAGUCACAAAGCUUCUCAGACUCAGGUCCUAGAACCGCGGACCACUUUCGCCGGAAAGCCCUAAGUACGCCAGCUAUUGGACGCAGAGUCGGAAGCGGAAGCCGCACACCGGAAACGGUGCUUUUUUAGUCCCCGCGAUGGCUGAAGCCGUACCUGUUGCGGCGGAAUCUUUCGCGGGCUGCAGGGCGCGUGCGGCGCGCACAGUGCUAGGUCAGGUGGUGCUCCCAGGUGAUGAAUUGCUGCUACCAGAACAGGAGGACCCAGAAGGCCCCGGUGGUGCAGGGGAGCGACCAUUGCGCUUGAAUCCCGGGACGCGCACGCGGGUGCGCGUAGUGUGUGGCCCAGGCCUGCGGCGCUGCGGGAACCGCCUGCUGGUCACCAAGUGCGGCCGUCUUCGACAUAAAGAAUCCGGCAGCGGAGGUGGCGUUUACUGGGUAGACUCGCAGCAAAAGCGGUAUGUUCCAGUAAAAGGAGACCACGUGAUUGGUAUAGUGACAGCUAAAUCUGGAGAUAUAUUCAAAGUUGAUGUUGGAGGGAGUGAGCCAGCUUCUUUGUCCUACUUGGCAUUUGAAGGUGCAACUAAAAGAAACAGACCAAAUGUGCAGGUUGGAGAUCUCAUCUAUGGCCAGUUUGUGGUUGCUAAUAAAGAUAUGGAACCAGAGAUGGUCUGUAUUGACAGCUGCGGACGGGCCAAUGGAAUGGGUGUGAUUGGACAGGAUGGUCUGCUUUUUAAAGUGACUUUGGGCUUAAUUAGAAAACUAUUAGCCCCAGACUGUGAAAUCAUACAAGAAGUGGGAAAACUCUAUCCGCUGGAGAUAGUAUUUGGAAUGAAUGGAAGAAUUUGGGUAAAGGCAAAAACCAUACAGCAGACUUUAAUUUUGGCAAACAUUUUAGAAGCUUGUGAACACAUGACAACAGAUCAAAGAAAACAAAUCUUCUCCAGAUUGGCAGAAACUUGAUUUAAGUGGACUUUUAAUGGGCCAGCUGAGCCAAAAGACUGUGGGUGUCCUGGGGCAAACUCAGGUCAACCUCUCCCUAUUAAAUCUUAAGACAAGAUGUGAAUGUAUGUGUUGUCUUUUGAAAGUCCUAAUAAAAUAUUUUUAUAAGAACA